GAGGGGAUAAACAGAACAAGAAGCCACAGCACAGACAGACCAGUAAACAUGUCGGCGUUUGAAGAGAGCCGGGAGGUACCAGCAUCGGUUUCAUCAUGACAUGAGAGUUAAGAUUUCUGAGAAAUCAUGUUGAACAAUCCAUGGAUUUUGGGCGGAAGCCCAAUGUCCCAAGUCAGCAACCAAAUGGAUGGCUUGGGAGGUUCUGGUCAUAUGGUGGUGCAAACUCAGAGUGUUAGUAUAGCUUCCAGUGAUGGCUCCGUUAUUCACCAAACAAACACUUACGAGUCUUGGGUGACUGUCGCUGGUCCUCAGCCAAUGAGCCUUGACUUACCUUGUGCUCGACAGCAUUAUUUUGGCUCUAUUGACAUGGGUGCAUCACCUGCAAUAACUUCAAGAGCUCCAGAUACAUUUUUAGCUCUGCCUGUUCCUGCCGAAAGUCUUUCCAGCACUGCCCCCUCUGUAGCAGUUGGAAUUCAAGCUCCUUUUGUAGCUCACAAUCAAGUUGAACCAGUCAUGGCUGUACCUACACAGAUGACUGUUGGCGAUCCUCCAUUAGUAGCUUCAGUUCAAAACCCAGCUGAAACAUUUAUUGCGGUGCCUGUUCCCCAAACAUGUGAUCAAUUAGUUGCUGUGCCUGCUGUUCAAAAUUUGUACAAUCCCCUAGUAGGAACAUCAGAAACAUCAAUACCUUUCAGCAACAUUCAGACAUCAACUCCUCAAGCUACGCAGACAAAUAGUAUGCCAUCUUGGUAUCUAGUGGUCCAGGAUAUUCCGGAUGUACCACCAGAAGGAAAUGGCAUAUCUGGACCUCCAUCAGUUGUCAGGACAGAUGAUGACAUGUUUUUGUGCAUGAGGUGCAAUUCAACAUUUGAGAAAGUUUCUUGUAUCAACUGGCAUUUGCGAGAAUGUAAAGGAAAUGAAUUAAAAGCAAAUGUUGCUGCAACAAACAAUGUGGGGUCUUCAACCACUAUGGAAGUCAAGACUGUUCAGUGUUCACUUUGCGCAAGAUUGUUUACUGCUGUCACCAGCACAACUACCCCAUUUAUUUGCUCAGAUUGUAGCACAAGCACUGUGCCAUAUUCAUUUUCAUUUGGGGCACAUCUUUUAAAGCAAUACAAGUGCAUGGAGUGUGAUGACUGUUUUCAAUUUGAAUCUGAGCUUGAGGAUCACCAGAUUUCUCAUCAAUCUUCUGUGACAAUCUGUGAGCUUCCAGAUAAUUACAUUGAAGAAAAUGGUAAUGAAGAAGAUGAGGUAUCCGUUAUAGCUGAACCAAUGGUUGAGCCACCUGAGGACAAUGAUGAAUCAGGAUCAUUUGAAACUGACUCUAGUGAUGAUGGUGAACCUGAUCAUAACUCUGAACAUUGUGGUGAAUGUGGAGUUUCAUUUGGUUGUAGAGAAUCACUUAAUGUACAUGCAAAAUCUCAUGGGGAUAUUCGUUCAUAUGGUUGUACAAAAUGUGGCAUCAUUUGUGUAGGCAGAUACUCUCUGAACAGGCAUGUGUGGGCACACUCAAGAGAAGCUGAAGAAAAGGAAAAUAUAGCAGACAGUUGCUUUGAAGAACAAGAGGAUAAUACCAAAGAUGGUGUGAUAACUCAACCAUUUGGAUGUACUGAGUGUGGAAUGCAAUUUUCAGACAGUAAUGAUCUUAAAGAACAUUGUGUUAGUCAUUUGCGGUCAAAACCUUUCCUUUGCACACAAUGUGGAGAAAAAUUUGAAACUACCAGUUCUUUGGAGAGACAUUGGGAAGCACACGCAUUAUUCAUGAAAUAAAUGAAUGAAAUCAGGGUCCAUUACUAUUUUGUGUAUUUGUGUCUUUAUUUCAAUUGAAUAAUUUUCUUAAGCAUUAGUUGAUGUAAAAACACACAAGGCUUACAGUAUCAGUAGGUUAAUAGCAUUGUACUUAUAUUCUUUCUCCAAGGUCCAAUUCAAGGCACAUUUUUUAUGCAGAUGUAAGUGUGUGAUAUUAACAAAUUUGAUGCCAUGUAUCAUCAGUAAUUCCACUUUGACUCACAAUUCAUUGAAUUUUAAAUUAUCCUCUGUUUUCUAUCAAGAUGCAUUAAGUUUAUUGUUCAAACAGUAUUUGACUUUUUUCCUGUUUAGUCUUGGAUUUUCCUGUGCUUCUAACUGAACAAAUAUGGAUGAAAACAUAUUUCCCCUUUAAAAAUAGAUCUUAUAAAAUAGUCCUAGUUUUAGGUUUUACUUUAAAGUUUUAUUGUUGACAUGGUGAUAAAUAAGAAGCACUAAUGACAGGGUUGGAAGUGUUUCAUUUACACAUUCUUUUUCUAGAUUCUGUGAUUAAACCAUAUCUCCAACCUUCAUGUCAAAAUGUUAUGUAUUGUAUUUUUCUGAUGUAUUUUUGUAGUAAAAUGUUCUAUGUUUAAUGCAGAGAGUAAAAAUUGUAAGGUCAAACCCAACCCAGGUGACACUGUCAUACGCCUAUUCUGCUACUUUUUACUGAAAUGUAAACCCUAUGUAUAUUUUUAUUGAGAGUAUGUUAUCUGCCCCAAUAUGAGUAUGGUUUUCAUAUUUGGCCAAUUAGAAAACUUGUUCUUAUGAAGGAAUCCAUUUUAUGCUUUUCUUUAUGAUCUCAUGAAGAUGACUGAUGUGCAGCAUGCACCUAAAUAUUUGUUACUUGAAGUCUGUUUUGCUUCCUCUAUGGAACAAAUUGCAUUCUACAACUGGGUGUUGUACACAAAUUUCCAAGAGAAGAAGUUGUCCCAGUGAGAAAUGGUUUGCCAAAAAUUGCAGCAAAAUUGACUUGUUGCCAAUUGGUUUCCAAUGUGCAUGGUUCAAUAUAAUUUUGACAAUUAUUUCUCAUUGGGGUGUGAUAGGAUGGGGAAUAAAUUUGUGUUAUUAUAGAGUCAAAAAUAUUAUUGUAACGCUGGUCACCAUUGGUGGACACUGCUGUGAUCUACCAUUGAAUAAGUGUCUAAUAAGUUUUUUGGCGCUCAGAGUUGUUAAAUUAAACAUUGUCGGCAAUAACUUCAUGUAGCUCUAGUCAAUACCAACAAAUUCUUGUUCAAGCCACAGAUUAAUAAAAUUGGGUAAUACGUGAAUUCGUAAGAAUUUGAAUGUACAUCAUUAUCGCGUUUUUAAGAGUGUUACUGAUCUUCUGAACUGUAAUUGAGGGUGAACUAUUAAAAAAAUGCUAUUUUCAUGA